AGGUCAAUUACUGCUACACAUCGAUCAGUGCUCCCCGCAAACAAGAAAAGCGGCCAGCUUCCUUCAGCUCCGAGAAAGCUUCGAGCCAGAGCGGGGGCUAGAAGACGAUGGUCGGAAUCUUCUCCAGGUUCUCUUCCGGCGCCCACCGCCGCUCCAAGAGCGUCGCUGAGGUUGUGGAGACGUUGGCCCCCAACAUGAGUACCGGAGAGUCUGACCCAGCAGCUGUUCCUGCAGAGAGUCCUCACGGUAUUGAGGUUGGCGUUGAAUUCAAGCCGGUGGAGCGCCCUGUGGAGCCUGUCAAUCUUGAUCAACCAGUGAAAUGCCCGCUUCCUGAGCCUUCUAUACUGCAUGAUGGGAGGAUAUGGAAGGAAAAGAUGUCUUCAGUUAGCGUGAGGGUGAGGACUGACUUGCCGAUCGUGCAGGAAGGGUCGCAGCUCGAGGCUGACAGCAGCAGCACAAGGUCGAGAUCCGCAGUUCCAAGGCGCCACAUACUUCCCUCAGUAAGUGCCCCUGAGAACAACAUCAGAGCGCUGCUUGACGAGUGUGAUGUCCCUGUGAGCCACGGUUCUGCUGAAUGAGCUUGGGUUGGGCGAUACCCCGUCACAUUGUAGUUUCCAUCUUGAGUCUUGACUGUGUUUUGCCUCGGGCCUGUAUCUGUUCCACUUGUCAAGCGCCACGAGCUGAGCUGGAUACAGCAAGGUUACUUCUGAAAAAACUGGAACCUCACAACAGAUCUUUUGUGUGGAUUGUAUCUAUAUAAAUACGAUUAACAGCAUUUUGGUGUUGAAGGCUAUGGUGGAUUGGUGGUUACCGA